AAUGGCUGAAACGUAGAAGCGAACUGCAUAAGAAGAAACACUAGAAAAAGGACCUUUUGGAUUGUUGACAAUUACAGUGAGUCAUAAUACUCAAGUGCUUAUUGAGCUUAGAAAUAAUAGAAAACUCUUGGGAAGAGUAAAAGCAUUCGAUCGACAUAUGAAUAUGGUAUUUUUAUUAUUUAUCAAGAUUCUUGAGAAUGUGACUGAAAUGUGGACAGAAAUUCCUAAGGGAAAUAAGGGAAAGAAAGCUCAUGCUACAAACAAAGAAAGAUUUAUUCCAAAGAUGUUUUUAAGAGGGGAUUCUGUGAUUUAUGUCUUAAGAAAUCCAAAGUGAUA